AUGCUGGAUUCAUCAAUUAGAGCUUUAGCGCCGUGCAUCCAAAGUUUGCGCUUACACACAUGGAAAGCGAACAUAGAAAAUAUUGUGUUUAAGCUCCACUAUAAAAUGACAGUUACCAUCCUACUUGCCUUUGUUAUUUUAGUCUGCGCAAGAGAGUAUUUUGGUGAUCAUAUUAGGUGUAUAUCGGAUCAAGGAGUCCCCGAUCAUGUCAUACAAACCUAUUGCUUCUUCAUGGCAACAUUCACAAUAGUUCGACAUUACAAUGAAAGCCUUCUCGAAGGUGGUUUUUUGCCGCAUCCAGGAGUUGGUCCAGUCUUGGCGAGUGAUGAAACUUUAAACCACACCUACUACCAAUGGGUACCAUUUGUGUUGUUUGUACAGAUGAUAUGUUUCUAUAUGCCUCAUUAUAUUUGGAAGAAAAAAGAAGGAGGAAGGAUAAACGCUUUAGUACAAGGAUUGCAGUAUGCCAGUUUAGCCCUAUCAGAAAAUGAUGUAGACGCUGGAAAUGUGAAGGUGCCCUCUAGAGGAACUGUUGCGAGUAGAAUCGAUAUUAUCCAAAGGGAUAUAAUUUUGAGGCUGAGGAUAAGCAGGACCUGGUCGACAUGGCUGGUCGCUAUGGAGAUCACAAACCUCGUUCACCUAAUGUUCCAGAUUUGGAUGAUUAACUUAUUUUUGAAAGGAAAUUUCAUAAGUUUGGGAGCAAACGUACUACAAUUUAAAAAUUGGAAUCUUAUUGUAGAUCCAUUGGAAACCGUAUUUCCGAAGGUGACAAAAUGCACCUUCCAUAAGUUUGGUCCGAGCGGAUCCAUACAACAGCAUGAUGCACUCUGCGUGAUGGCACUCAAUAUUGUACAUGAAAAGAUCUACGUCGUAUUGUGGUUCUGGUUUUUGUUCCUCUUCAUAGCCUCUGUUCUUGCGGUACUCUGGCGUUUUGUUUCCUUCUUCCUCUACCGUCGUUCUCUUAAGUUCAACCAGCUAAUGUUCCGACAUGCAUCGAGUGGAAAGUUCAAUCCUUACAACGUGAUACAAGUUGUCAACGGCUGCGAGUUCGGUGACUGGUUGUUCCUGUAUUACUUAGGGAAAAACAUGCAAGGCAUGGUUUUCCAACAACUCUUCGAGCGUCUAGCUGAAGAACUGCAGAAGCGUGAUAUGCCUUUCGACCAAGAUGGAAAUGAAGAAAAAGGAGCUGAACCAGUUCUGUUAUCUAAAGUAGACAUCACAGAUGAAACACCCUUAAAAUUAGAUAUGAAAGAAAAAGCUUUG